UGGAUGUAACGAUGUUCACCAAUUUGUGGUGCAUUCUGAGCACGGAUGGCCGUUCCUUUGCAGCGUCAUUCACCAUAUCCGAAAUGGCAAAGCACGAAUGUGCUCCCCAGUGUGAAGCAGCAUUAUGGCUUAAAACGAGGAGGGUGCUUUCAAUUUCCUCAAAAGCCAUUGGAAUUUGUGCCGCUUGCCUCCAAUAUAUCACCUCCGCCACCUGAGAAUGAGAAAGAGAAGCCUCCAGCUAUUCAAUUGGAAUUUAUUGGGCCUACGGCAGGUCCAACGCAGGAGGCUUCGGUUAUAAGCGGGGAGAAAUUGCUGAGGAAUAUUAUGCUGGAUAACAACAUUGAACUCUAUGCGGCUUAUGGGAAAGUGAUGAAUUGUGGAGGUGGUGGAAGUUGUGGGACAUGUCUUGUUGAGAUUUUACAAGGUGAAGAGCUAUUAAAUGAGCGGACAAGCACAGAGGAACGCUAUCUAAAGAAGAAACCAGAGACUUGGAGACUUGCUUGCCAAACUAUUGUGGGGAAUAAAGAGAAUAGUGGGAAGGUUAUUGUGCAAAGGAUACCACAAUGGAAGAAAACAUAGGCACAAUGAAGUAAACGAUUAAUGAAAUCCGUAGGAAUAUGGUAAUGCAGUAUUCUUUUUAAGAAGGAUAGUAAUUUAGAUACAAACUAUAGGUGGCUACAAGAAGUUUAAUCUAUUAUUUUCAGAAACAUCAAAUGUAAUUGAAAUGAAAUAUUUAACUUACAUCACAUCCACCUACACGAUGUUAAAAA